GCUGGGAUCUGGAGUAACAAACAAGAUGCCGGAGGAUCUCGGAGGGUGGAGCAGCAUCUAUGGGAGAAAAGAAAUUGUCCAUGUUUCGAGUGGAAACCCUGCAUCAGGAGCUUGUUUGUUAAUCCUGCAUUGAUUGCAAUGGUUUUCAAAUUAAUUCGAAAGAUCACGAAACCAUGAGUUGAGCUAAAUAUAAUUUGUUCCUAAAAGUGUACAUUCUUUUGCACCACUUUACUGGACUUUCUUCAGGUGAUGUUAUGCGAAUUGAACCAACGCAGCAACGAUGCUGUCCCGGUGUCUUCAGGACAUGUUUAUUCAUCUGGCGUUUUAUUUUGUUACGAGUGAGAAGCGAUGUCAUUUGCUAUCAUUUAACAGCAAAACAAAAGGGGUAAAAGGAGAGCAAACUCCAAGAUGUGACCUUUAUGAGAGAAAAGAUUUCAUUAGAGAAUGCAUUAUUGGGAAAGGAAAAAACUACCAGGGUAUAAAGUCGGUGACAGAAAGUGGACAAACAUGUCAGUACUGGAGUUCGACAAUCCCACACGAUCAUCGGUUCUUGCCUUCAAAUAAAUGGAAUAAGAAGCUACAGGAGAACUAUUGCAGGAAUCCAAGGGGUGACGAAGGUGGUCCAUGGUGUUUUACAACGGAUCCAAAGAUUCGGCUGGAGAGCUGCGCCAUUCCACAAUGUUCAGAAGUUGAAUGUAUGACGUGUAAUGGGGAAGGCUACAGAGGACCCAUGGACCACACGGUGUCUGGAAAGGAAUGUCAGCGUUGGGAUUUGCAAAAGCCACAUAGUCACAGAUUCAAUCCUGAACGAUUUCCCGAUAAGGGGCUCGAUGAUAAUUAUUGCCGAAAUCCAAACGGCCUUGCGAAGCCCUGGUGUUAUACUCUUGACCCCAAGACCCCUUGGGAAUAUUGUGCAAUUAAGGAAUGUGUUCAUAAUUGUGAUCAUGAUCUGGAAGUGACCACAGAAUGUUUCAAGGGGCUGGGGGAAAGUUACAGAGGGACGGUGAACACCACCCCUUCGGGAAUCCCCUGCCAGCGGUGGGAUUUGCAGACUCCUCAUCGCCACAGCUUCAUUCCUGAGGACUAUAAGUGCAAGGACUUGAACAAAAAUUACUGCAGGAAUCCUGAUGGAGCUGAAGCCCCCUGGUGUUUCACCACACAUCCUGACAUUCGAAUAGCCUACUGUUUUCAUAUCCCACGGUGUGAGAAAGCGGCUCCCCCUUCUGAAGAGUGUUAUCAAGGAACUGGAACAGCUUACAAAGGAACUGUGGCUAAAACUAGGGCUGGUGUAUCAUGUGCACCAUGGGAAAGUUACAGCCAGGAUUCAGAAAGAACCAUUCUGUAUACCAAUCCUGCAAGCUUGGUGCAGAAUUACUGUCGCAAUCCAGACGCAGACAAGCAUGGCCCCUGGUGUUAUACCAAUGAUCCCCACACUCCAUGGGACUACUGCGCUAUCGAGCCCUGUAACACAAGAGUCAACGUGCCUUCAACAGAUCAAUCCCCAUCCAACAGCCAAUGCUUACCACCAAAGAAACGUUUGAGAAUAGUACACGGAUUUCCAGCAAAACCCAGAAUAUUUAAUUGGAUGGUCAGCCUGCGGCACAGGGACAUACAUUUCUGUGGAGGGUCCCUGAUCAAAGAGGACUGGGUUCUCACAACCAAGCUCUGUUUCUCCACAUGUAAGCCAGAUUUGAGAGGAUAUGAGGCUGUGAUGGGAAUCCUCAAAGAUGAUAAAAGUGAAGAGCCCCACAAACAAGUGAUACCAAUAUCUCAGCUCGUCUGUGGCCCAGAAGGAUCCAAUCUUGCAAUGUUGAAGUUGUCCAGGCCAGUAAAAUUCACUGAUUAUGUCUGCAAAAUUAGCCUACCUGUAUCUGAAUGUGUAAUACAAGAAGGUGUCUCCUGUAAUAUUUCUGGAUGGGGGGAAACCAAAGAUACUGGCUAUGAAGGUGAGCUAAAGGCAGCCAAGAUCCAUAUCAUCGGGCCUAAGAAAUGCAACGAGUACCACCAAGGAAGAUACCAAAUUAAUGAAAAUGAAAUCUGUGCGGGUGACGCAGAGGGAACUGUUGGUACCUGUGAGAGAGAUUAUGGUGGUCCCCUGGUCUGUGAAGAAGGUGGUCAGAAGUUACUACAAGGUGUUAUAAUUCCUGGCCGAGGCUGUGCAAGACCAAAGCGUCCUGGAAUUUUUGUGAGGGUGUCCCACUAUGUCUCAUGGAUAAAUAAAGUGUUUAGGACAUACGGAAGAAAUAACUACGCACAGAGAUGAGUACACUGUAUGUCACAGAAAUCCCAAAUUAUUAAAUAUGUAAUUUAUCAGUUGAAGAGCUAUAUUGCUGCAGAUACUUGUCAAGUCUUUGGAUACUUUCAUUGAUAAGUGAUUUUGUCCGACCUGUUGCUCAUUCUUUGUGAGAGACUAUUUCCUUGUGUGUUUUACUUUUGACUGGUAAAUCAAAGCUAUGGCUUGUUGAUGCAUGUGAGAAAACCAUUGAAAUGUUUUGUGUAACUAUACAGUUUACAAUUGAAAAUCUAUUUCUGCACACUUGGUACGGCUUCCUGCACUGUUCGGGACAAACGUUUCAGUAAAUUCCAUAAAACUUUAAUGCUUUAUUUCAAGUUAAUUUCUUGGAAAUUCUCUUUAGGUCAAAUAUUCAUCCAAUUCCUUGACAUUGAAUGAGGGCAUCCAAAGAAUUGGAUACCAUGGCAAUAAUUACCUGUCAUUAAAACUUGACCUGCCUUGAAUUGGGCUCAUUUAAAAUCAGUGGGCCUCCAAUUAUCAUUUCACCAUUGCUUAAGGUGAAUUUUCUAAGAAAGUGCUUUUCCAACUGAGCUUUUCAAAAUUCCUCCUGUUAGGUGAAAUGGAUUUCAAUCGUGAUUUUGAAACCAUUAUUGAAAGUGAAUUACUGCAUGUUUAUUUCCAAAGUCUCUUGUACAAGAUGGUAUUCACCUCCAAGAACUAAAAUGACUUUAAAGUUAAUUUAUAUAUUUUCAAAGGCAGAAACUUCUAUUCAAUGCUGUCUUGUUAAUAAGAGCAACACCUCACUCUCUAUCUUUUCCCUGAGUCACUGAGGUGUGCAAUUGGGCUGCAAACAGAAUAACCUUCACUGCUCCACUCAAGGGGGUUGUGCACGUCCUUAAUUCCUUACCUGUCUGCUGGCCAGACCUGGAUAUUAUUUUUAACCCAGAUAGUUUUAGUGAAGGUGAAUGAAACCUACAGACAAAUCCCAGCCUCAGCAGCUUCUCGAAUGAUGUUACAAUAAAAUAUUCACAGAGUUAGUUACAUGAGCCAUUUCUUUGACUGCUAGCCAAUAUUUUUCUGCCCUGUUGCCUCCUGACCUGCAACACAACUGUGAUAUAGAUCAGAGAAAUCCUGAACACUGUUUAUUCUCAAGCGACUGUGUUUUUUCUCUGAUCAUGAUUAACAUUUCAAAACUGUUUAGCUGAUGUUAAGAAAAAGGGAUUUGGAGCUGACCACUAAAUCAUUAUUUAAGAGGGCUUGCAUUAUGUGCACGAGUAGAGCCUGAGGUAGUCUGAAAAUGUACAAGCUCCAUUUAUUCAUCAUUGUUAUUGUAGUUUGUUUUUAUUUCUACUUUUCCAUGCCUUCCCCGUUAGUGAGCUGGUUUGAAGAUAGAAAUGACCCAAAUUGGUGUUUAACUUCCUAUCUUUAGUCUAUCAUUCCUUUUUGUUAGAACAGAGAACAUUAAACAGUUCCUGAAGUACAAAAUUCUGUGAUUGCCUGAGUUGGAUACCUUUCACCAGACUGCAAUGGCAAGUCAGACUGUGACAAGAUGUAGAAUUGUGUUGAUAACGGCAAAGUACGACAAAGGCUGAACAUCUGAACUAGGAACAGCUGGAAAGUCUCAGCAUUUCUCACAACAUCUGUGGAGGGAGAAGCAGAGUUAAUGUUUCAGAUCAGUGAUUUUUCAUCUGAACUAAUGUGUUUCUCUUGCCAUUGAAAAUGCUUGAUGUGCAGUUGAUUUUUUUUAUAAUAGAAUUCUAUGUGUUCUAUAAUUCAUUUUGUGUGUUUGCAUUGCUGAGGUGAGCUGCAAUGUUUUGAGAAUAGUUGUACAGGGAAACCUAUGUAAAUAUCAGCAAUAAGAUAAUUUUUGGAUUUUGGGGUGCCUUUUAUGUUAAAGCAAUAAUGAGUGCAGAUCCAAACCAUGCAAAUGAAAAGGUCCCAGACUGAAUGCUUGAUCCUCAACUAAACCCUUAUGAGUUGACCUGAGCCAAGGCAGCAUGCAAAGUAUUAAAAUUGGCCCAUAGUUGGAUUGGCUGAGUAGAGUCUGCUCAACAUAAGCUAUUGUUGACUUAUUCACUGUAGUAUAUGAGAAGAUGAGCCUUGCACUCAACACCUGAAAGACAAAGGUCCUCUACCAACCUGUUCUUGUUACAUCACCCUGCCCUUCAACAAUGGCAAGACCCUGGAUAAGAUGGACCACUUCCCACAUCUCAGGAGAACAUUGAUGAUGAUAUUCACUGUCACCUUCAAUGCACCAACAAAAUCUUUGGUUGAUUGAAGGAAAGAUUAUUUGAAAAUCAAAACCACAGCCCUGGCACAAAAUUCAUGGUUUACUGGGCAGCACUGAUCCCUGCCUAUGGUAUGCUUCUGAGAUGCUGAUUAUCUACAGUAGCUAUCUCAAGACACUGGAGAGAUGCCACCAAUGCUGACUCUGCAAAAUUCUCCAAUUCCACUGGAAGGAUAAGUGAACCAACAUUCAUGUCUCUUCCAGCCCACAUCACCAGCAUUGAGGCCCUGGUUACACUCAGUCAGCCACAUUGGGCAGACCAUGUCACUCACAUGCUUGAUACCAGAGUCCCCACACAGACACUUCAUUCUGAGCUUGGUCAUGGGAAGAGAUUAUCAGGCAGACAGAGGAAAGGAUUAAAGGCUGUGCUAAACUGCGCACCCCCCCCCCCCCAGAAGAAAUGCAGCAGCUCCACUGACUCUUGGGAAUUUCUGGUUUAUUGCCACUCAAGUGGAGAGUGAACUGUGAGUCUAUGCAUUGGGAGCACACAGAAGCUGUGCAUCAUUGGAGAAAGGAGCACACCACCUUGCAAGUCACCCACUCAUCUUGCCUGUCAAGCGCCACCAGCCCCUUUUGUGGAAGGGUUUGUGGUUCCCACAUUGGCCCCAUCAGCCACCUCAGAACCCACAAAACUGGAGGGGAGUAAGCCAUCCUCCAUUCUGAGGUAUUGCUAGGAAGAAGACAAGUUCUCAUUACCAUAUUUCCCCUUUACCUUGAUGUUGAUAGCAGUAGUUUGAGUGACCCUGUACAUUGAUGAUAUGUUUAUCUGAGUAUUGUUUGCUACCUUGAAGAAAAUAUUUUUUCUUAACUGUGCAGUUGCAUUUUACAGAGAACUGGUUUCUUUCAUCAAAGAAUGUAUAAGAUUAAAUAUAUAAUUUUGAAGAUAUUUAGCUUGCCUUUUUCCUCUGCUUCCCAGUUCCCAAUAAAGCAAAAAUAAAACAUGCAGGCAUGCUGUCGUGAAGAUUUAAGGGUAAUUCCAAAGCAAAUGUUGAAUUUUGUGACUAAGUCUUAGAAUCCUGCCUGUAGUUUCCAAAAAUGUGCUGCUGACGUUCAUGCUUUUAGUGCAGUAGUGUAAAUGUAGAAUGAAUCCUUGGUGGAGGGACAUUUCUCUCCACUUCACUCUGGAGGGCUUUAAUUUUGGAUGUUUGAUGCUGAUGUGAAAUAGAAAAUGUAAAUAUGCCCCAAAGAUUUUAAUUUUAUGGCAUAGUGCCAAGAUUGUGAUGUUACUGGAUGAAUGAGAUUGCUGUAUAAAACUCUACAGCAGUAGUAGGCUUGAGCCACUGGGCUCAAAAUUCUGUUUCUAUUUAUUGAAAGUACUGAUUUUUUUUAAAACCUGAGUUUCCCUUUAUUUACACUAUGGUACUUACUAUAGAUUAAAGCCACUGUGGAAGAAAAGCUGCUUGUAUCGUACUUUACACUAAUAUUUAACAAGCAGUUCAUUUGAACAUUAAUGCUGUUUUCUGAGACACUUUUGAUACCAGUAAAGACCAUCUGUGUUGCAUAAUUCUGUAUACAACUAUUGACUUGUUAAAUAAUGAUUGUAUUGCACAUUCUGCAAAUAUUUAAAUGCAGUUUGGUAUCUUCUGUUGAGCAGGAGGAACUUAACUAUUUGCCCAAAGGAAGCACUUGUACUAUGUCAAUCCAAAGUGACUGUUUUAUAAUAUGGUCGGCCAAAUCAUCAAUGAUUGUCCAGAUAUCCCCUUACUUUACCUUCUAUAUCAAUCUGAAAGCUGAUGAAAAUAUUUUUGUUACAAAAUGAACCAUAUGUAUAAUAAAAGUUACAAUUAA